CCAGUUUUUUGCUGCUAAUGGCUCACAUAUUCUUAUGUUCUACUAUGAAUGUGGGAAAGUUGAUGAAGGAAAGGGAACUGCCACUAGUGCUAAACCUAAACCUAAAGUAUAUGUGACUGAUGGGAGAAAGGAGGCAUUCACAGGGUUGUGUGUUUUCUUCAUCAGAACGACACCCAAAGCCAUCACUCCAGCGAAUGUGAACCAAGAGGUUAAUUUUGGUGUUCUGGAAAGUCGGAAUGGUGAUGGUUUACUUGGAGCUAUGGAAAGUCUUCUAAAUACAAUAUACAUACCAGCACUUGCUCAAGUUUCCAGUUGGGGCGAGUUAAAUAACAAGAACGGGCAGUCAGUGCGUGAUGACUUUCUUGGCAAACUGGACGCUUUUGUUUCUGUUCUUUCUGGAGCUAGAACGACUAUUUCAGAGAAAGUUACUCUCUCCCCGUGUCAACUGGUUGAUGUAUCAGCUUUGGCAUCUCCAGCAGGGCUGCUUGCUGCUGCUCAUUCUCCAGAGACAGUUGAGGCUUUAGAAGUCACUAUGACAACAUGGUGCAAAGAGAUAGAACAGAUGCUAGCCAAAAGUGAACAGAUGAGGAAGGAGGCAGAUGAUAUUGGACCCAAAGCUGAACUGGAACACUGGAAGAAGAGAACAGGCAAAUUCAACUCACUUCUGAGCAGGUUAAGGAGUCAGGAAUGCCGGUCUGUUGUGAGUGCACUUACUGCUGCCAAGUCAAAGACCCUUGUUGUUUGGAGAGACCUUGAUGCUCGCAUUACUGAUGCAGCUAAUGAAGCUAAAGACAACGUAAAAUUCCUCUACACCCUGGAGAAAUACUGUGAACCUUUGUACAAGAGUGAUCCGGUGAGUAUGGUAGAGUCUAUUCCUGGUCUGAUGAAUGCCAUUCGGAUGAUCAACACGUACUCCAGAUAUUACAACACACCAGAGCGGAUGACAGCCCUCUUUGUGAAAGUUACUAAUCAAAUGAUCACUGCAUGUCGAAGCUAUAUCACUGACAAUGGCUUCAAAAAAGUGUGGGAACAGGAUGAUCGAGAAGUCUCUUUGAAGCUCCGUGCAUGCAUACAAUUGAACAAACAGUAUCAAAGCUGCUUUCAUCAAACAAAGCAAAACCUGGCUGAGCAGCCUGAUGAGCGCCCUUUUGAGUUCAGUGAGAUGUACAUUUUUGGAAAGUUUGAUGCGUUCACACGUCGACUUGACAAAAUCAUAGAGGUAAUAGAGACUAUAAGAGUUUAUUUCCCGCUUACUCUUUCUAAACUUGAAGGCAUUGAGCCAAUUGCUGGCAAAUACAACCUGAUCGCAACAACCAUAAAGAAGAAACCAUACAAUCCAUUGUAUCACAGAAAACUUGAUUUUGACAUGGAUUAUGAAGAGUUUCGUUCCAAUGUUGCAGAGAUGCACAAUCAGCUUCAGAUAUUCUUAGAUCAGAGUUUUGAACACAUUCCAUCAACUGAACGAGCCUUGAAGCUACUUCAACGAUUUGAAAAUUUGGCAAUUCCAGGUCUGGACAUUCAAGCCAAGUACCAACGUAUUCUCAUGCAUUACAUGAGAGACAUUGAUGCAAUACAAAAAUUGUACACAAAGCAGAAGAAGGAUCCUCCAACAGAGUCGGAUCUUUCUCCAGUUGCAGGCAAGAUUGCCUGGGCACGGCAGCUGUUUCGACGAAUUGAUGAACCAAUGACCAUUUUCCGUCAAUUUCAAGACCUCAUGAAGUCACAGCAAGCCAAGAAGAUGAUCAAACAUUACAACAAGUUGGGAAAAGUCUUACUAGAAUACGAGAUGCUCUACCACAAUGCAUGGCUACAGCAAAUAGAACUUGUCAAUGGUGGUCUCAAUGCAUCCAUUCUUGUGAGGCAUCCCAAGAAUGAACAGCAGCUUUAUGUAAACUUUGAUCCUGCAAUUCUAACUCUUGUAAGAGAAGCAGACUCUAUGGAGAGGAUUGGCUUAGAAGUUCCAGAACUGGCAAGAAACUUGCGUGCAAGGGAGCAACAGCUGAAGAAAAAUUUUGCUGAACUUGAUCUUCUGUUGGCUGAAAACGUUCGAGUAAGGAAUAGAGUUCUACCAGUAUUAGGUCAGCUUAUGGUUCCACACCUUGCACUAGUGGAUUCUGCUCUAGAACCCGGUCUCAGUGAUUUGACAUGGACAUCAAUGACUGUGGAUCACUUUAUUAGCAGUGUGCGUGCUGCAUUGAGAGAUGCAGAAGUGCUUCUUGAUGGAGUUGAUGAUAUAUGCCACUUUCGCAUUGAAAAGGCAUUUGAUGAUAUGACAGCAGUUCAGUUGUGUGAAAUUCCUGAUGGAGAGGCCUGGACUAUUGAUCAGUUUCUGUCCAGAACUGAAGAAUUAUGUUCACUUGGUUCAACAGUGUUAGAGACCAAUAGUAUGCUUGCUGAGAAGGCUGUGGAAGAUCUUAUCUCUUUGCUCCUUGGUGCCAACGAUGAUGGUGUACCUGAGGAUACACAACCCCUUCUUUUACCUAUUGAACCUAUUGGAGAGGAUGGAAUUGGGGGUGGCGCAGUACCAUCUCACAAUGCAAGCGCUAAGAGAAAGACUGCAGCUAGUCGGGCUGGUGUUCGAUCAUCAUCGGCUGUUAGCUUAGAAGAGUCUUUAGCAAAACCAGUUCCAGGUCAAGCUGCUCUGGAAAGACAAAGGCAACUAAAAAGAGAACUGCGUGAAGCAGCGCAAGAUCUGAGAGUGCAUUUUAACCACCGGUGUGUGGACACACUCCUGAGAUUGAUGAAAUCAACGUUAGACAUGUUGAAACGGUCUGUAUCAUCAAGUUCUUUUAACGUGUAUGGCGACUCUGAUGAUUCACGUUAUGAGAACAGAGUUAUAUUCAGAGGAGACGUUACUCUGGCCAUUCCAAACAUUGUCAUGCAGCCGGGGCUAGAUGAAAUUCAGCAAGCAGUCAACAAAGCAGCACAAUUUAUUGUUAGUGUUGCAAAAGAAGUUCUUCAAUGGGGGCAAACUCGGGUACAAAUUACCCCAUUGCAUGAUGAUAGUGAUGAAGAUAGAAGAGAGAGUAUUCUUUUGGAUGAGGUAGCUCAUGUUAGUCAGUCUCAGAUUGCUAAACUUGAUCGUGGUACCAGAGCAGAUAUGGCAGAUGUCAAAAGCACUGCUACCAUUACAAAAGUGAUCCCACCAUUGAGAAACUAUUACAAGUAUGUCUCAGAGAACAGGGACAUGGUCAAGUCAGUGUCUAUGUUGUCAACUGCUAUUAAUUCGACAAAGCAGAAUGUCAUAGAUGCACUAGAGCAGUUCAAAAACUAUGGAGAACUUUGGCAGUCAAAUGUAGAAACCACUCUAGCUGAGUUUUUGGAACGUGAGCCAAACCUGAGUGAAUUCCAGAGUCGGAUUAGGCACUAUGAACAGCUUGACAGUCUUAUACUAAGUGAACCUGAAACUGUUGCGGUUGGCGCAAUUUGUCUUUAUACGGAGUCUCUCAAGAUUUCACUUACAGCUGAAACCAAACAAUGGAAGGUUGCUUAUGGACGCAGUUGCAAUCAGACAUAUGCUACCACGAUGUCAGAGAUGUUUGCUCAAUUGGAUGACCUUAGUCAUCGUCUUGGCCGGGCUAUUAAAGAUCUUGAUGAUGUACGAGGUGCAAUGGUUGCCUUACAAGAAAUCCGUGAGAACCAGAUUCGGAUUGACAUGACCAUAGGGCCAAUAGAGGAGUCAUACUUUAUGCUGAAUCGAUCUCAGAUAGCUGUGCCAAGAGAAGAAGCUGAGAAAGUUGAUACCCUACGUUACACGUGGGAAAGGCUACUAGCUCAAUCAGUGGAAGUUCAGGAUAAUCUCCUAAAAAUUCAGCCCAAAUUUAAAGGCAAUCUCCUUGAAAACGUUUCUGUGUUCUGUGAUGAUGUGAAGACCUUUACAAAAGAUUAUGAUGAACUAGGGCCCAUGGCUGUAGGCGUACCUCCCCGAGAAGCUAGCGAGCGUUUGCAGGUUUACCAAAGUCGCUUUGAUGAACUCUGGCGCAGAUUCCUCACUUACAGUGGUGGAGAAGAGCUGUUUGGCUUACCUGUUACGGAUUAUCCAACUCUACAACGAAUUAAGAAAGAAUUGACUCUCCUGCAAAAGCUUUAUGGCUUGUACAAUGCUGUUGUUGACAGCGUUGACGGUUACUAUGAUAUUCUUUGGGGUGAAGUCGACAUCGACAAGAUCAACAACGAGUUGCUGGAAUUUCAAAACCGUUGUAGGAAGCUACCUCGAGCCAUGAAAGACUGGCAAGCAUUUCUGGACUUGAAGAAGAGGAUUGAUGACUUCAACGAAACGUGCCCUUUGCUGGAGUUAAUGGCACAUAAAGCAAUGAAACAACGUCAUUGGGAUCGUUUAGAACAGAUCACCAAUCACAAGUUUGAUGUUGAAUCUGAGAAUUUCCAACUACGCAACAUUAUGGAAGCACCACUGCUGCAAAAUAAGGAGGACAUUGAGGACGUUUGCAUUGCAGCUGUCAAAGAAAUGGACAUUGAGGCUAAACUGAAGGGUGUCAUUACUGAAUGGAGUGCACAGGUACUACAAUUUUCGUCUUUCAAAAACAGGGGAGACUUGUUACUACAAGGCGAGGCCAUGACUGAGACAGUGACGUUGAUGGAAGACAGCUUGAUGGUACUGGCUUCUUUGAUGAGUAACCGCUACAAUGCUCCUUUUAAGAAAGACAUUCAGUUAUGGGUUCACAAACUUACUCGUACAACCGAGAUUACUGAGAAUUGGCUGAUUGUUCAGAAUUUAUGGAUAUACUUGGAGGCUGUUUUUGUGGGUGGAGACAUUGCCAAACAGCUGCCUAAGGAAGCUAAGCGAUUUCAGAACAUUGACAAGUCAUGGUUGAAGAUCAUGACAAGGGCUCAUGAAGUAUCCAACGUUGUCCAGUGUUGUGUAGGAGAUGAAACGCUUGGACAGCUACUUCCACAUCUGUUAGAGCAGCUGGAAUUGUGCCAGAAGUCGCUGACUGGUUACUUGGAGAAAAAACGCUUGGUCUUCCCUCGAUUCUUCUUCGUUUCAGAUCCAGCUCUGCUUGAAAUCCUUGGUCAAGCAAGUGAUUCUCACACAAUUCAGGCUCAUCUGCUCGGUGUUUUUGAUAACGUAAAGAACGUCGUAUUUCACGAAAAAGACUAUGAUCGCAUCUUGUCAUUCUCUUCUCGCGAAGGAGAAACCAUGGAACUGGACAAGGCAGUUAUGGCUCAAGGUAACGUAGAGAUUUGGUUAGGUACUUUGUUAAACGGAGUCAAAAUGUCCAUUCAUUCUGUUGUACGUACCUCGUCUCAAGCAAUCGAAGAUCCUAGUUUCAAUCUUCUUGAUUUUCUUGCCAACUCUGUGUCUCAGGUGGGUCUUCUUGGCUUGCAAAUGUUGUGGACAAGAGACUCUGAAGCUGCAUUGACCAACGCUCGCACAGAUAAGAAAAUCAUGCAAACAACCAACCAAUAUUUUCUUGAUAUGCUCAAUAGUCUUAUUGAGAUGACUCUGCAAGACCUACAGCCUAUGGACCGCACAAAGUACGAGACAUUCAUCACAAUCCACGUUCAUCAGCGCGACAUUUUUGACCACCUCGUGCGUAUGCACGUCCGAAUACCAUCCGAUUUUGAGUGGCUGAAGCAGUCCCGUUUCUACUUUACGGAUGAAACGGACCAAUGCCUGAUUAAGAUCACAGACGUCAAUUUUACAUACCAAAACGAAUUCUUAGGAUGCACCGAACGUCUUGUAAUUACGCCAUUGACCGAUCGAUGCUACAUCAGUCUGGCUCAAGCCCUCGGUAUGUCUUUGGGAGGCGCCCCUGCAGGACCAGCGGGAACUGGUAAAACCGAAACCGUCAAGGACAUGGGCAGAGCCUUGGGGAAAUAUGUCGUAGUAUUUAACUGUUCUGAUCAAAUGGACUACCGUGGCCUUGGUCGUAUAUACAAAGGCUUGGCGCAGUCGGGUAGUUGGGGUUGUUUUGAUGAGUUCAAUCGAAUUGAGUUACCUGUUCUAUCGGUAGCAGCUCAGCAGAUUGCUAUCGUGUUGUCUUGUAAGAAAGAGCGCAAGCCCGAGUUUCUAUUCAGCGAUGGAGACAUGGUGAAAAUGAAUCCUGAAUUUGGCCUGUUCCUUACGAUGAACCCCGGUUACGCGGGAAGGCAAGAACUUCCCGAAAACCUCAAGAUUAAUUUCCGCCCUGUGGCGAUGAUGGUCCCCGAUCGCCAAAUUAUUAUUCGCGUUAAACUGGCUAGUGCCGGUUUUAUAGAGAGCAUCCUUUUAGCUUGCAAAUUCUACACAUUGUACAAGCUCUGUGAGGAGCAGCUGACCAAACAAGUUCACUACGAUUUUGGUCUUCGUAAUAUUCUAUCCGUUCUUAGGACAUUGGGAACGGUCAAGCGCCAAAACCCGGAUGAUGGCGAGACGAAGACCGUCAUGCGCGUUCUCCGCGAUAUGAAUUUGUCUAAGCUAAUCGACGAGGACGAACCUCUCUUUCUCUCCCUCAUUAACGAUCUGUUUCCUGGCGUCGUUCUCGACAAAGCCGGCUAUCCCGAGUUGGAAGCGGCAAUUUCCAAUCACGUUGAGAAAGCAGGAUUAGUCAACCACCCUGCUUGGACCCUCAAGCUCAUCCAACUAUUCGAAACGCAACGAGUUCGACACGGCAUGAUGGCGCUCGGGCCGUCGGGAGCAGGCAAGACCUGCUGCAUUCACAUUCUGAUGAAAGCUAUGACCGACUGCGGUGAGCCUCAUCGCGAAAUGCGCAUGAAUCCAAAAGCCAUCACGGCUCCUCAGAUGUUCGGUCGCCUCGAUGUCGCCACCAACGAUUGGACCGACGGCAUCUUCUCAACGCUGUGGCGCAAGACGCUUCGGGCGAAGAAAAACGAGCACAUUUGGCUCUUACUCGACGGUCCAGUGGACACGUUGUGGAUCGAGAAUCUCAACUCAGUUCUGGACGAUAACAAGACCCUCACGUUAGCUAAUGGCGAUCGCAUUCCGAUGGCUCCCUUGUGCAAGAUCGUAUUCGAGCCACACAACAUCGACAAUGCUUCACCCGCAACCGUUUCUCGAAACGGCAUGGUCUUUAUGAGCUCGUCUGCCCUCGACUGGAAGCCGAUAUUGCAAGGAUGGCUCAACACUCGGCCUCCGUUGGAAGCCGAAACGCUUAUGUCUCUGUUUCAUUCUUGUUUUACUCAGCUCUAUCAACACAACCUGACGUCGUUUGUUCCUAAAAUGGAGCUGCUCGAGUGCAACUAUAUCUCUCAGUGCAUUGCCCUCAUGCAAGGAUUAAUACCGAAAAAAGAAGACGGAUCAAGCGUUGACGCUGGUUAUCUUAAACGUGUCUUUGUGUUUACGCUGAUGUGGUCUAUUGGGGCGUUGCUCGAACUCGACGAUCGGGCAAAAAUGGAAGAGUUUCUGAGACAAAAUGCUAGUCACCUCGACUUUCCUCCCGUCGACCCUUCAACGGGUGAUACCAUGUUUGAAUAUGUGGUCAAUGAAGAUGGACAGUGGCAGCAUUGGCUCGAACGAGUACAGGAGUACAAAUAUCCUGUCGAUCACUCGCCCGAAUAUGCUUCUAUCCUCGUACCGAACGUGGACAACGUCAGAACCGACUUUAUCAUAGACACGUUGGCUAAGCAGCAGAGAUCCGUUCUGUUGAUUGGUGAGCAAGGCACUGCAAAGACUGUCAUGGUCAAAGGCUACUGUGCUCGCUAUAACUCGGAAGAGCAUCUCUUCAAGAGUCUCAACUUCUCGUCUGCUACAACGUCGUACAUUUUCCAGAGAACAAUUGAAAGUUACGUAGACAAGAGAAUGGGCACCACGUAUGGACCACCUGCCGGAAAGAAGAUGACGGUAUUUGUGGACGACAUCAAUAUGCCUAUCAUCAACGAGUGGGGUGACCAGCCAACGAACGAGAUUGUUCGCCAGACUCUAGAAAUGAAAGGAUUCUACAACUUGGAGAAACCUGGAGAAUUCACAAGCAUCGUUGAUAUUCAGUUUAUCGGAGCCAUGAUUCAUCCAGGAGGAGGCAGAAACGACAUUCCACAACGUCUCAAACGCCAAUUUAGCGUUUUUAACUGUACCCUACCUUCCAAUGCAUCGAUCGACAAGAUUUUCAGCGUGAUCGGUUGCGGUCACUUCUGUAAGGAGCGAGGCUUUACUUCUGAAAUUGUCGAAUGCACAGCCAAACUUGUCAGCUGUACCCGCCGCCUUUGGCAAAGCACAAAAGUGAAAAUGCUUCCUACUCCAGCCAAGUUUCAUUACGUUUUCAAUCUACGAGAUCUGUCUCGUAUAUGGGAAGGCAUGCUCAAUGUCGACAGCGACGUUUGUAAUUCUACUGAGGUGCUGUUGUCGUUGUGGAAGCACGAGUGUACUCGCGUCAUCGCCGACAGAUUUACGACACCAGAAGAUACCGAAUGGUUUCUGAGAGCUCUUCAUAAGGCAGCGGAAGAAGAACUCCCAGCCGAUCAGCUCGCACAAAUACCAGAAGAACCUUAUUUCGUUGACUUUUUGCGAGAAGCACCAGAAAUCACGGGAGACGAGCCCGAAGAUGCCGAUUUCGAUGCGCCCAAGAUAUACGAACGCAUUCCUCCUUACGAUGAGCUGGAAGAGAAACUUCUCAGUUACAUGCAGCAGUACAACGAGACGGUGCGUGGCACAGGUAUGGAUCUAGUAUUCUUCAAAGAUGCCAUGAUGCAUCUCGUACGAAUAUCCCGCAUAAUACGAACACCUCGAGGAAAUGCGUUAUUGGUCGGUGUUGGAGGUUCGGGAAAGCAGAGUCUCACUCGCAUGGCUUCGUUUGUUGCGGGAUACACCAGUUUCCAGAUCACCUUGACAAGAUCGUACAAUACAAACAACUUAAUGGAUGAUCUCAAAGUUCUCUAUCGCACAUGUGGAGUGAAAGGCAAGGGAGUUUCCUUUAUCUUCACAGACAAUGAAAUCAAAGAUGAAAAUUUCUUAGAGUAUAUGAAUAACGUUUUGUCGUCCGGUGAAGUAUCCAAUUUGUUUGCUCGCGAUGAACUGGAUGAGAUUAACAACGAGCUGAUUCCUAUUAUGAAGAAACAGUACCCAAAACGGCCACCCACGCCUGAAAAUCUCUAUGAGUAUUUUCUUUCUCGAGUACGUGGAAACCUACACGUUGUUCUCUGUUUCUCCCCAGUAGGAGAAAAGUUCCGCAAUCGAUCUCUCAAAUUUCCCGGCCUCAUAUCCGGUUGUACAAUGGAUUGGUUUAACCGCUGGCCCAAGGACGCCUUGAUAGCGGUCGCCAAACAUUUCCUAUCAGAGUACGACGUCAAGUGCUCUGACACUGUGAAAGCCGAGUUGAUACAAACGAUGGGUACUAUCCAAGACGGUGUGGCAGAGAAAUGCGCCGAUUAUUUUAACCGAUAUCGCCGUUCGACUCACGUUACGCCAAAGAGUUACUUGUCUUUCCUCAACGGUUAUAAGACUAUUUACUCGAGCCGUGGUGGCGAAAUUGGAGAAUUAGCGAGGCGCAUGAACACUGGGUUAGACAAGCUCGUGGAAGCGAGCGAAUCCGUUUCUCAGCUGUCGAAAGAGCUGGCGGUGAAGGAGAAAGAAUUGGCCGUAGCUUCUGCCGAGGCAGAAAAAGUGUUAGCGGAGGUGACCGUUAGUGCCCAGGCGGCCGAGAAAGUGAAAGCUCAAGUUCAGAAAGUCAAAGACAAAGCCCAAGCGAUUGUGGACGAUAUUGCUAAAGACAAAGUUGUUGCGGAGGAGAAACUAGAGAAGGCCAAACCGGCGUUGGAGGAAGCAGAAGCAGCUCUGCAGACGAUCAAAGCGGCCGACAUCGCUACCGUUCGCAAGUUAGCCAAACCUCCCCAUCUCAUCAUGCGUAUUAUGGACGCAGUGCUGCUGUUAUUCACCCGUCGAAUCGAUCCAGUAACUCCCGAUCCUGAUCGACCGUGUUGUAAGCCAUCGUGGGGCGAGUCAUUGAAGAUGAUGAGUCAGUCAGGAUUUCUCAAUUCGCUUAUGUCGUUCUCCAAAGACUCGAUCAAUGAAGAAACUGUUGAAUUGUUGGCACCAUACCUUGAAGCAGAGGACUACAAUUUUGACAACGCCAAGAAAGUGUGCGGUAACGUUGCGGGUUUGUGCUCGUGGACGAUGGCAAUGUCAUUCUUCUACGGCAUCAACAAGGAAGUUCUUCCGUUGAAAGCAAAUUUGGCAGUUGCGGAGAGUCGUCUUGCUGCCGCCAAUUCUGAUUUACAGUCAGCUCAAGCACAACUUGACGAAAAGCAGCGAGAAUUGAAUGAAGUUCAAGCUAUGUAUGACGAGGCGGUGAGAAAGAGGCAAGCGCUUGUAGACGACGCGGAGACGUGUCGUCGUAAAAUGGAUGCUGCUUCUGCACUAAUCAACGGUUUGGCCGGUGAGAAGACUCGCUGGACAGAGCAAAGCAAAGAGUUUGAAGCACAAACUGCCAGAUUGGUCGGAGAUGCUUUGCUUUGCACCGGUUUCUUGUCCUAUUCCGGUCCGUUCAAUCAGGAGUACAGAUUGCUUUUGCUUGACAUCUGGAAGGUAGAAUUGAAACGUCGACAGAUCCCGUUUUCAGGCGAUAUCAACCUUGUCACCAUGUUGACAGAUUCAGCAACUAUCGGUGAAUGGAACUUACAAGGUCUACCAAACGACGAACUAUCGAUACAGAACGGAAUUAUAGUCACCAAAGCGACUAGGUACCCGCUGCUGAUCGAUCCUCAGGGUCAAGGCAAAGCUUGGGUAAAGAGCAAAGAAGGAGGCAACGAACUGCAAGUGACGAGUCUCAAUCACAAGUACUUCAGAACUCACCUCGAGGACUCUCUAUCUUUGGGACGACCGCUUGUGAUUGAAGAUGUCGGUGAAGAACUCGAUCCCGCACUCGACAACGUGCUGGAAAAGAACUUCAUAAAGUCAGGAUCAACUUUCAAAGUUAAAGUCGGUGACAAGGAAGUGGACGUGAUGAAAGGAUUUUAUCUCUAUAUUACCACCAAGCUAGCCAAUCCUGCAUACACACCCGAAGUGUUUGCUCGGACGUCAAUAAUUGACUUCACCGUUACAAUGAAGGGCCUCGGUGAUCAGCUGCUGGGUCUUGUCAUUCUAAAAGAGAAAAGUGAGCUCGAAAACGAAAAGGUCAAACUGAUGCAAGACGUUACGGCGAACAAGAAGAAGAUGAAAGAAUUAGAAGACAGUCUUUUGUAUCGACUCACUAGUACAAAGGGAUCGCUGGUUGAUGACGAGUCUCUAAUUGAUGUUUUGCGUACGACAAAGAUCACAGCCGAGGAUGUCAGUAAGAAGUUAACAAUAGCUGCCGAGACGGAGGUGAAGAUCACGACCGCUCGUGAGGAGUUCCGUCCCGUCGCUACGCGUGGAAGUAUUCUUUAUUUCCUCAUCGUUGAAAUGUCAAUGGUUAACGUUAUGUAUCAGACGGCGUUGGCUCAGUUUUUGGGUCUGUUUGAUUUGUCGAUGCAGCGGUCCGAUAAGUCACCUAUCACCGCCAAACGAAUUGCCAAUAUCGUUGAGUACUUGACAUUCGCUGUUUUUAAGUACAGCUGCCGUGGCUUGUACGAAACGCACAAAUUUCUUUUCACGCUGUUACUUGCUCUCAAGAUUGAUAUGGAGGCAGGGAAAGUGAAACACAAGGAGUUUCAGACGCUUAUCAAGGGCGGUGCUGCUCUUGAUCUCAAUGCCGUUCAGCCUAAGCCGUUCAAGUGGAUCAGUGAUAUGAUGUGGCUCAAUCUCGUGGAGUUGUCUAAGCUUCCACAGUUUUCUGAAGUUUUGAAUCAAAUCAUUCGCAAUGAAAAACUGUGGAAGAGUUGGUUUGAGUCUGAUGCACCGGAGGAGGCCACCAUUCCCGACGGCUACAGCAAUUCACUGGAUACGAUGAGAAAGCUAAUGUUGGUCAGAUGUUGGUGUCCCGAUCGCGUCUUGCCUCAAGCACGCAAGUACAUUGCCGAAUCUCUGGGAGUGAAAUAUGCGGAAGGUGUCAUCCUCGACUUGAAGGUGAUGUGGGAAGAGAGCACUCCACGUACACCCAUGAUUUGCUUACUCUCGAUGGGAUCCGAUCCUACAAAUUCUAUCGAGUCUCUUUCCAAGAGGCACGGCAUUGACUUUCGGACUGUUUCGAUGGGUCAAGGUCAAGAGGUUCACGCCCGCCGGUUAGUGCAGCAGUUCAUGAGUCAAGGAGGUUGGGCUCUUCUGCAGAACUGCCAUUUGGCUCUUGAUUUUCUGGAAGAGCUGCUGCUUACAGUCGUGGAGACCGAAUCGGUCAACGAUCAGUUCCGAUUGUGGGUAACAACAGAGGAACACAAGAAAUUUUCUAUCAAUCUACUGCAGGUGUCAAUCAAAUUUACCAACGAGCCACCGCAAGGAAUCAAAGCUGGUCUCAAACGCUCGUACACUGGCACCAUCACACAAGACACAUUAGACGUGAGCAACUUGCCGCAAUGGAAGCCUAUUCUCUUCGCUGUCGCUUUCCUCCACACGACCGUGCAGGAAAGAAGGAAGUUUGGUGCGCUUGGAUGGAAUAUCCCGUAUGAAUUCAAUCAGGGCGACUUAUCUUCGACAAUUCAAUUCUUCCAGAAUCAUCUUGACGAUAUGGACCUGAAGAGAGGUAUCUCGUGGAAUACCGUGCGCUACAUGGUCGGUGAAGUCCAGUAUGGUGGCCGAGUGACCGAUGACUACGACAAACGGCUUCUCAACACGUUCGCCAAGGUUUGGUUCGGUGAGUUCAUGUUUCAACCCUCUUUCAACUUCUACAAAGGCUACAACAUCCCUAAAUGCCCCAAUCAUGCUGGUUUUAUGGAUGCUAUUGACCAUUUACCUCUUGUCGACACACCCGAGGCGUUUGGACUUCACCCCAACGCCGACAUUACGUACCAAGACAACACAGCUCAGACCGUGUUGGACACAAUGCUUAGUAUUCAGCCGAAAGAUAGUGCUUCGGGUGGCGGCGAGACUCGCGAGAGCGUGGUCCAACGACUAGCCGACGAUAUGUUGAACAAGCUACCAACGUUUUAUAUUCCUCAUGAAGUGAAGGCACGGCUGCAGAAGAUGGGUGCAAUAGCUCCUAUGAAUAUCUUUCUACGACAGGAGAUUGAUCGAAUGCAGCGCGUCAUUGUGUGUGUACAGACCACACUUACCGAUCUUAAGUUGGCUAUCGACGGUACUAUCAUAAUGAGUGAGAAUUUGAGGGAUGCUCUGGAUAAAAUGUAUGAUGCCAAAGUCCCGGCAGUUUGGCUGAAGAUCUCCUGGAAGUCGUCCACUAUUGGAUUCUGGUUCACGGAGCUCCUAGAACGAGACAGUCAAUUUCGGUCUUGGGUCUUUGAGGAACGUCCAAACGUAUUCUGGAUGACAGGUUUCUUCAACCCUCAAGGCUUCCUUACAGCCAUGCGCCAGGAGGUAACGCGCGCUCACAAGGGAUGGGCUCUAGACAGCGCGGUCUUGCACAACGAAGUGAUUCGUCAGUUCAAGGACGAUAUCACUACUCCACCUUCGGAGGGUGUUUAUGUACACGGCUUGUAUCUGGAUGGCGCCGGGUGGGACCGUAAAAGCUGUAAACUUGUGGAAUCCCCCAAUAAGGUUCUCUUCACCAACAUGCCUGUCGUAUGGAUUUAUGCUAUUCAAUCAAGUCAAGGAAAGGACGCGAAGAUGUAUGAAUGUCCUGUUUACAAGAAGCCCAAUCGAACCGACUUGACGUACAUUACCUCGCUGAUGUUGAAGACAACACAGAGUCCAGACCAUUGGAUCUUACGCGGUGUCGCCUUGCUGUGUGACACAAAGUGAAUUCUGUCAGUUAACUCAUUUUAUCUAAUAUGUUGCGUUUGUUAUGUUUACCACUUUGAUAUCAAAACUUCACGUGGUAUGAUAUUAUGUUUCUAGGCAGUAUGUAUCAGUAUUAUUAUAGAUUGCAUUAUAUCCAUUUUGCUCCUCAA